AUCAAUCUUCAUCAGGCUACAUUUCCAAUCACCUAAACAACCGAGCAAGACAAGCCACUCCGACAAGGUUGGCUGCCCGGCGGGUCUGUGCGAGGGCGCGAGGUAGAUGGUGAGCGGCCCCGGCAGCUGAGGGCAGGGCGGCCCCCAUACCAACAGAGCUCGAAGUACUGCGCGGUGGGAACCCCGCACUGCGCCUGGCCCCCUGGAUCCGUCGGGGCGCCUUCAUCCGGCUGUUAGCAUGAUGUCUUACCUCAAACAACCCCCAUAUGGCAUGAAUGGGCUUGGCCUGGCGGGGCCUGCCAUGGACCUACUGCACCCGUCUGUGGGCUAUCCGGCUCUGCGUUUUUGUUGUUGCAAGAGUGUGGCUCAAGGCCUACCAUGGGCCUGUCCACAUCCUCUUGUGCCGGUCAGUGUGGCCACCGGUGACUAGAGGCACCCCUGCAUGUCCCCUCAGCCACCCCGAGGAAGCAGCGACGGGAGCGCACCACCUUCACACGCUCACAGCUGGACGUGCUCGAGGCGCUCUUCGCCAAGACUCGCUAUCCUGACAUAUUCAUGCGUGAGGAGGUGGCGCUCAAGAUCAAUCUGCCUGAGUCCAGAGUCCAGGUGUGGUUCAAGAACCGCCGCGCCAAAUGCCGCCAGCAACAGCAGAGCGGGAGCGGGACCAAGAGCCGCCCAGCCAAGAAGAAGUCGUCCCCGGUGCGGGAGAGCUCUGGUUCGGAAAGCAGCGGCCAGUUCACGCCACCUGCUGUGUCCAGCUCCGCCUCAUCUUCCAGCUCUGCAUCCAGCGCCUCCGCCAAUCCAGCGGCUGCAGCAGCAGCAGCGGGCCUGGGCGGGAACCCGGCGGUGGCAGUUCCGUCGUCCUUGAGUACACCGGCUGCCUCAUCCAUCUGGAGUCCAGCUUCCAUCUCACCAGGCUCAGCGCCGGCGUCGGUGUCUGUGCCCGAGCCAUUGGCCGCGCCCAGCAACGCAUCUUGCAUGCAGCGCUCGGUAGCAGCAGGCGCCGCCUCAGCUGCAGCCUCUUACCCCAUGUCCUAUGGCCAGGGAGGCAGCUACGGCCAAGGCUACCCCGCACCCUCCUCUUCCUACUUUGGUGGCGUGGACUGCAGCUCAUACCUAGCGCCCAUGCAUUCGCACCACCACCCGCAUCAGCUCAGCCCUAUGGCACCCUCCUCUAUGGCAGGCCACCAUCACCACCACCCGCACGCGCACCAUCCGUUGAGCCAGUCCUCAGGCCACCACCACCACCACCACCACCACCACCACCAGGGCUACGGAGGUUCGGGGCUCGCCUUCAACUCUGCCGACUGCUUGGAUUACAAGGAGCCUGGAGCCGCGGCGGCAUCUUCGGCUUGGAAACUCAACUUCAACUCGCCCGAUUGUCUGGACUAUAAAGACCAAGCCUCUUGGCGGUUCCAGGUCUUGUGAACCCAGGAGUAGGAGGAAGAGGAGAAGAAACGCAACUACCUGCGCCCUCUGUGGUCCCUGUCCUGUUGCUGCUGCUGCACCUCCUUUGCCUCGGCUUCUCCAGUCCUGAAUCUCAUGCCCCCCAAGAGAUGCCCAUCGCCUGCACUGCUGCCCUCAUCUUUGUGCCACUUGCUUGGGGGAAGUGCAGAUCCCCUACCCCUUGGAUGAGGGGACCGGUGCUUUGGCUUGGCGCACAAGUUCUAUAUGGGAGAG